AUGGCUCUCAUCUCCGCGCGCACAAUCAUCACCUCCAUCUCCCUCUUCCACAUCACCCUCGGCUUCUUCUUCCUCACGAAUCCCGCCACGAUAGCUGACCAGGCCAUCGUCUACGUCAUGGGCGAGGCCAUGGGCAUGCCUUACGCUCGGAGCUUCGAAUCCCAGUCACCGCCCCUCGCUUUUCUCGCCGUUAUCCUCGCCGUCAUGGGCAUUUCCGACCUCGUGAGCCUCAGCCUCCCUGAAGAAGUCUGCCUGUUCCACCACUGGGGCACGCAAGCUCCCAUCCGCCUCGCAAUCGCCUUUGGCCUCAACUUCUACACCUUCAUGUUCUCGUCCACCUCCCCGCUCUACUACUCGAACCCGCGCGGCCGCAUGGCUCAUCCUCCGGCCCACGCCCAAAACCCUUCGUACCACGCCUCCUCCUGGGGCGGCGACGGUCUCAAGAACCGCGUCUUCUUCACCUUUGCCUUUGUCGAGAUGGUUAGCUGGUUCUGGAUCUGGGUCACAUUGAGGGAGGAGAGGGCCCAGGCUAUGGCCAAGAAGGCGAGGAAGCAUAGUCACGAAUUUUAA